UGGGUUUUUUUUUUUAGACCAGGAUUUCAUCUUAUUGUUCUAUAACUGGACAAACUGGCUAUUGAGAAUCAAGAGCAGAAGAUUGGGUUGGAGAAAGGCAAUCAUAAAAAAGUCAUGGUGAGUCCAAUAGUUGGAAUGGGAAGCAACGAUGUCAGUCCGCUAUGGUUAAAGCCGAUGUUGAAUGCAAACUACUUCAUACCCUGUAGAAUCCAUGGCGAUUCUAACAAGAGUGAAUGUAACAUGUAUUGCUUGGAUUGCAUGGGAAAUGCCCUUUGUUCCUAUUGCUUGAUCAAUCAUAAAGACCAUAGUGUUGUUCAGAUACGGAGGUCUUCUUACCACAACGUGAUAAGGGUUAAUGAGGUUCAGAAAUACUUAGACAUAUCGGCAAUUCAGACCUACAUUAUCAACAGUGCCAAAAUCGUCUUCCUCAACGAGCGCCCACAGCCGAGGCCCGGAAAGGGCGUUACCAAUACCUGUGAGAUUUGUAGCCGAAGCCUUCUGGAUUCCUUCAGGUUUUGCUCACUGGGUUGUAAGCUGGGAGGCAUGAAUCGGGGCGAUCCAGAGUUAUCAUUCACAUUGCGGAUGAAACACAACCGAGAUGGAAUGCAUGGUUCAGAAUCUGAGGACUCGUCCAACACCACAAAGAAGCUUCGAAGGACUUUUCUCUUCAACCAUCCAAUGGAGGACCACCAGCAUCGGUCCGUAGCCUCUGCCGACGGCGAAAGGAACUGGAGCUCAGGCGAUGAGACUGCCAAUAACAUAUCUCCGGCUACUCCUCCCAUUGUCAAUUACCGAACAUCUAGAAGGAAGGGUAUUCCUCGUCGCGCCGCCCCCUUUUGAUGAGAGCCAAACAAAAUUUUAAAAAUUUGCAAAAAUCUGUAGAAAGAUACUGAAUAGAUGUGAAAUAUAGAAAUCAAGGAUAUAGAAGAAGAAGAAAGAGAGAGAUUGACAUAUAUAGUUGCAAAGAUAUAGAACAAUAGGAAAAAAAGAGUAAGGAAUAAGCUUGUCAAAUUUCCUUUUUUUUUUUCUUUCUUUUCUUUGGUUAUUGUAAAUGGUUGAAGGAAAGUUAAGGUGUGCCUUUUAUAGCAAAGAAAUCUUAGUGUUGAUUA